UGAGAUAAAGGGAAAAAAAGACAAGAACAAAAAAAUGAAACAAAAAAAAUGUCAUUGUUCCAUUCGGCCUCGAGCCUCCCAAUAACACUCGACCAAGGAACUCCCACGAAGCGCUCUGCAGUGUGAAAUGUGAUGAUCAUCCAUGAUCACGUGAUCCUUACAGACGUAACAAAAGGGGUCCGGGAGGACAUCAAUAGAAAAUAGAUGUCCAGCCAGACAGUCACGCCGAGUACAAAGUCUGAACAUCGCAACCGCAACACGUCGAGUAUACUCCAGAAUACUCAGCUGAUCUAAAUGUCCCCAACUUUUGGAAGCAGUACGUGUCCUUAUAUCUCUAUAAAAUCGAGAAGACACUCUGUUCUUAAUAAGUCGCUUCAUAGUACAAAAAGAAACAUUUAUUAUUCAUGAGCUGCAACACGUCAGUGCCUCGCUUCGCCAGUGCGUCUGUCCGCUCAUUUCCACUAAGCCCACAAUGAGCCGGAACUCACUGCAGAACAGUCGCUUUUCCCAAUUGUUCCAGUUUUUUUUAAUGGAUAGUUGGCACUCCAGUAUAUUCCUAGAAGAUGGGACGAGUAUGGAGCAUAUGGACUGGAUAGCAGCUCUGGAGUCAGAUAAGAUAACAGAAUUUUGAAAUUUAUCACUAAGAAUAACCAACUGCUGAAGAGCCAUGCGAAUAGCUGAAACCUCCCCAUCAAAUGCGGUUCGGAAACUUCCGAUUAGGGCAUAAAAAGAAAACAGUUAAUGUGUUAACGUUAACAGUUACUAACAAAACACAUUUAAUUAGUCUCUUAGUAGGUUUUAGAAGAAUGAAAUGAAACCCCGAACAAGAUCUAACAGGACUUGAACAUGACCCUCCCUCCUCCUUCCGUUCUGAUCAGAUUUGAACAAGGAAUUAGCAAACCGACGUGUGCUUUAAACUUCAAAUAGUAUUCAUCGAAGUCUGAUAAUAUACUUUAUAAUGGCUGGAGUUGAAAGUUCAGAAAAUACGGCAAUCAAGCGAAAAUAUGAUGAAAACGAUGAGUGCAAGUACAUUGAACAUAAAAAUGGAAAAUUUCAGAGAGGCAGUAUCCCAGAACAUGUUUAUCCUCUUGGCAACUAUCUGUUUCUGACUUUGAAUGCUUACAAGAGGAAAGUAAAGUUCCAUAUAAGAACCUAUAAACUUCAUCGCGAGAUGUAUUAUCCCUCCAAAGAUGGUGUUACUCUAGAAACAGCCCAGUUUAAUGUGUUGAGCAAAACAUAUGUGCCUCCGAUGUCGGUAUUCGAUGUUGUUGAUAUUAACAUGAAAUUGGAUGCUUCAGAUCGACAAGAAAGAGAUGCCUACUACACCCAAAUACAAGAAGAUAAAUAUUUCACAUUAUCUCAUUAGUAUCAGUGUCGAAGCAAUCGAAUCUAUAAAUCUACUGUAGAAAUAGAUUCUAUGCAAUGGUCACAACUCGGUCAAGUGCGCGACACAGUGAUUUGUAAUUAUAUUAAUUCAAAAUACAGCUCCGUUAAGUUUAAUGAACUGUUCAAACGACACACGUCAUGUAGUGUUCUCAAAAAAGUGUCUGACAAAAGCAUGGAAAGAUUAACCUCGUCAUCCAUGACUCGUAUCGUAAGGAAUUUUGUGAACAAUCACAUUUCUCUAGAAAAAGGACUAUAAACUAUACAAAAAACCGACGAACUCCCAGAAAUCGAAGAAAUUAUCACAGUUUCUGAUUUUUAUGAAUCGUGCUUAAACCUGAACACAGUAAGUAUAGUUCCUGACUUUGAAAAGGCGUUAAAAAAGGAAAUAUUUUUUCUUACAAAGUAUCCCUUUCCCUUAAAUGACUAUAUAAACGAACAAUAUCUGAAUACUGUUAAUAUAUUUGAAUUGAUAAUGCUUGCAAAAGUUGAUUUUUGUUCAUUUGAUGGCAUCAGUGUUUAGUUUAAUAAAUAUUAUGUGAUGUGUACUAUUAUAGUUGUUAUUUGUGUUUUUAAACCCAUAAGAAUGUGUAAUUUAAUAUUCGUAAUAGAACUACGUAGUAUGGUAUUUUAAUUUUUGUAGCAUUUAAUAAUUUAAAAGAUAAGAGGUAUUCUUUUGACGCCUUAAUCAUUAUUAUAGAAAAAUGUUUUGCAAUAUUUUUUUUUUAUAGAUAAUCACUUUAGUUAAAUUAUUUUUUCAUAGAG